AUGGCAAAAUUAACGGCAAAAUUAGCCGCGGUCAUUGUAUUGGCCAUUGUUUGCAACGCUUCUUCCGAUGAACUAAACCAGAAUGGCGAAGGUGGAAAUCAAGGCUCAGCGGGAGGCGCCGAGGGUCUUUUGGAGUGCUACGAUUUUGUAGUAGUGGGCGCUGGUUCCGCGGGCAGCGUUGUGGCCAACCGACUGUCUGCCAACAACACGUUCAAGGUUCUUCUCCUCGAGGCCGGCGUAAACGAGACGGCCGAUCUGCUUGUUCCUUUCUUGGCUCCCUUUGCAGCCACGCCUAACAACAGCUGGAUGUACACCACGGUACCGCAAACCAAUUCGUGCCUCUCUUUCCCAGGACAAGUGGCUGUGUUGACCCUAGGCAAAGUUAUGGGCGGCACCAGUUCCAUCAACUCGAUGAACUUCGUGCGCGGCAGCAGGCACGACUUUGACUUGUGGGAAAAAGAGUUCAAUGCCACCGGCUGGAAUUACACCAGUGUGUUGCCCAACUUCAAGGCCAUCGAGAACUUCAACGUGAGCGGCGUGUCCCAAGAAGAGAGAGAAAAGUACCACGGAAUGACGGGAGAGACGCCGAUAAACUAUGCCCGCUACAACACGUCACUGAGCUACGCUUUUCUCAAUGCGUGCAGCGAGUCUCACUACGAAUACGUUGACUACAACGGCGCGAACCAUACCGGUUACUCGAGGGUGCAAUCCAACACUGCCCACGGAGUGAGAAUGAGUGCAAGCACGUGCUUCAUACGGAGCGUACAAGCAAACCGAACAAACCUUCACAUUUCUCUGAACAGCACCGUCACUAAGCUAAUUUUUGACGGGAGUAAUCGAGCCACUCAUGUUGUCUUCAUCAAAGACGGAGUCGAAAUGAAUGUAACUGUCGGCGUCGAGGUGAUCCUCUCUGCAGGAGCCAUCAACUCUCCAAAGCUGCUCAUGCUGUCGGGAAUCGGACCCAAAGAGGAUCUGAAGAAAAGCAACAUCAAUCCUGUGGUGGCAGACCUUCCAGUGGGUAUGGGACUCAUGGAUCACAUAAUUUUCCUUGGCCUCGUUGUAACUACGACAAAGGAUGAAAUAGGACUAAGCAACCUAAAUCAGAGCAUCGAAGAGUACAAUAAAACUCAGACAGGACUUCUCACCAUACCGGGUGCCUUUGAAGCACUGCUGUUCACCAAUAGCAGCGAGGAUCCGCUUGGACUUCCGGACUACCCCGACAUAGAGCUGGAACUUGCGGACAUUUUUCCAGACCCACGAAUCGCAAUAUCGCCGUACGUUUCGAAUGAGACGUAUGAUACAUACUACAGGCCGAUGUUCAACAAAACUGGCUUCAUGAACGCCGUGGCCAUGGUGCGACCAAAGUCUCGUGGCAGCGUCAAGCUCAACAACACGAACCCGAACGCAUCGCCACUCAUCGACCUAAAAUUUUUGUCUGAGCAAGAGGAUGUCGACAGAAUUGUAAAUGGUACGCUUAAAGUGAUGCAGCUCUUCAACACGACUGCCAUGAAAAAGAUUGGGGCUGAAAUCUGGAACGGGUCUUACCCAAACUGCGAGAAUCACACCAUUUGGUCACGGGAGUACAUAGAAUGCUUCGUCCGGCAGGCUGCUUUCCCUGGACAACACGUCUGUUGCACAUGCUCUAUGGGUGACCACAAGGACUCAGUCGUCGACUCGAGACUAAAAGUGAGAAAUGUUACCAACGUGAGAGUCAUGGACGCUUCAGUGAUGCCCAGAAUCCCAGCCGGAAAUAUUAAUGCUGCAGUCAUGAUGAUCGCCGACAAAGGAGCUAAGAUGGUACUGGAAGAAUACCAGGCUCGUAUGAAUCCAGCAUGAACAGAGAAGAAUACUUUUUCUGCAUUACUCACCACUGCUACAAUAGCGUAGCGCGCAAUUUUAUUGAAUCAACUCAAAUAAAUGUUC